UCUGUCAUCCGUUGAAAAAUGACCCCUUGUGUCAAUAGUCAACGGGGUUAGAAUGUUAUGUUACACAUAAUGGUUUGAAUGUUUGAAGGUUUGAUUGAUAUUAAAUCAAACCAAAAAUAUCUAAGGCUGAAGUUUGGACAGUUAAUAACUUAAAGCUUUAUAGACACUUAAGACUUAAGACGUGUAAUAUGAACGUUGCUAUAAAAGGAAAAUAAUCAGAUGGAGGUAUCCGGAAAGAGACGUGACCCUGACCUUGACAGGGGAUCCGGAGAAGAAACACAGAUGCAGGUAUCUGGAAAGAGACGUGACCCUGACCUUGACAAGGGCUCCGGAGAAGAAACACAGAUGGAGGUAUCUGGAAAGAGACGUGACCCUGACCUUGACAAGGGCUCCGGAGAAGAAACACAGAUGGAGGUAUCUGGAAAGAGACGUGACCCUGACCUUGACAGGGGAUCCGGAGAAGAAAUACAAAUGGAAGUAUCUGGAAAGAGGCGUGACCCUGACCUUGACAAGGGCUCCGCAGACGCAACAGUCUACUGUCAGCCUUGUGGCGAGGGCGGAAAACACGCUGUAGCACAGGGAUUCUGUCAGACCUGCGAGGAGUACAUGUGCGAUCCCUGUAUCGAGGCCCAUAAGAGGUUCAAGGUGUCCAGGAACCACAUUAUGUUGUCUAAAGAUGAAAUGCCGUCGUUCUACGACGGUUCGAAAACGAGACUGGGAACACUUGAUAUGGCGGUUCCAGGCCAUGUUCCUGACCUUUGUACGUCAACCUGGAUGAAGGAGGCGGACAUUGACAUCAGAACUUCACAUAAAGAUAGGAACUGGUGGAUCACCGGGUCGGCAAUGCUGACUCCUGGUCUACUUCUACUGGCUGACUAUUACAACCACAGUGUCAAACUGGUGAACCUCAACGCUCGCAUUGUCACGUCCUGCCUCCAGCUGCCAGGCCAGCCAUACGGCGUAUGUGUAAUCACCGAAGACCAGGCUGCAGUCACGCUAAAGUAUAAGUCCAUGAUUCAGUUGGUGUCCACAAAGGCAGGGCAGUUGUCGUGCGGGGGGAUAAUUGAAGUAUCUGAUACUUGUCAUGGAAUUGCGUUUUACAACAACAGAAUAUACAUUUCUUACACAUCAUACCCGCGUAUUGAAGUGAGGUCAAUAGAUGGUUGUAUGAUAAGUACACUUCAAAUAGAUGAUGGAAAGCAGCUUUUCCGACUACCAUAUUGCAUAACGGUGUCAAGCUUCAAACAGCCAAGCUUGUACGUGCCUGACGCGUUAGAUAACACCGUCCUCCAGAUGUCCCUGGAUGGGAAGGUCCUGCGGAGGUAUCAGGACAAGCAACUCAAUAGUCCCGAGUCCGUGGUGGAGGUAGGACCUGGUCAGCUGCUCGUGUGUGGGAAAGGUAGCAACAACGUGAUGUUGCUGACGGAGAGGGACGGCAAGAUGAUUGAAAUACUGGGAGGGAAGGAUGGACUUUACCAGCCCUACUCUGUGGCCUUCUGUCCUCAAACACGUUGCAUAGUUGUUGGGAUGGAAAAUAACUUACUUAAGGUCUAUAAAUCAAACUGACACGUUUUACACAAAUCGUGAGUUUCGGUCUUCCGCUGAACUUGCAUCGUAUUUACUAUUCAACUAUACGUGAGCAACCGCUUAGCAAAUGAAAUAAAGAGUUGCUAAAAAACAUACAUAAUUUAUUCAGUGUAAUCAUGGUUCAUCUAUGACCAUUAAAAUUGAUGUUAAACAAUAAUGGAGAAAAUGUCAGAAUGUGGUAUUUGUUUGUGUGUUGCAAUAAGCUAGAUAAUUUGUACCAACACCUUAAAAAUGUCAAAUGUAUUUUGCAAUUCUGUAGCACACUAAAUACGAAUUGUUAUUAAUAUUGUAAAAACAUCCAACCAUUUUUGGAACAAAAUUAUUUUCAAUAAUCGCCUUCCUUUUCUGAAGCCGUAUGCAUCGCUCUUACAUGCUGUACGCAAAAAAGUUUCACACUUAAAGGUGAACCUUUUUUAGCAUUACUGUCAUCUGUAAUCGGCGUUUGUAACAGCCAAUGUUUAAUUCGCAUUAAGUAAAAUCUUAGUAUAUCCAUUAACAGGUCUGAAUUGAUAAAAGUAUCGCAUAUUGUAACAAAUGCGCUUGCCAACAUAUUUUUGU